AUGGUGCAAAGGGCUGCAAGGCCCGUGAGCCUCCCCACUGUUUUUGCAAGGGCAGCCAGCUCGAGGGUCCUAUCACCGACGGCCCAUUCGGAUCCCCCGGCCCAACCCAGCGCCACCUCAGCAUUGCCAUCUCUCCCUCCCUCGCCGGCGACGAGCACGAAGCUGAUGAGCGCCUACUUCUCCAGCGGACUACCCAAUCACGCCCGCCAAGUGUUCGACAAAAUGUCCCAAAGAGACGUUGUCUCAUGGACGGCCCUCAUCUCCGGCUAUUCUUCCUCCAGCCUGCAAGAAGACGCCUUCUCAGCGUUCUGCGCGAUGAUGGCGGAGGGAGUUCCCCCCAACGCCUACACAAUCUCCAGCGUCCUCAAGAUCUGCAGCGGCGGCGGCGCCUCCGCUGCGGCGGCGUUGCAGGGGGUCGCCGUGAAGUUCGGCGUGGACGGCCAGUGCUAUGUGGCGAACGCCCUCCUUGCCGCCUACGCCGCCUGCGGCGGCGCCGCCGGCAUGCGCGAUGCUCGCGCCAUCUUCGAUAGGAUUGCACCCAAAACGGCGGUCCCCUGGACGACGAUGAUCGCCGGCUACGUUCGCUCCGGCGAUGGCCACGCCGCCGUUGAAGAGUUCCGUCGAAUGCUGCAGGUGGAUGAUUCUGACAGUGUUGGAUGAAUACAUGUGACAGUGUUGGAUGAUUCUGUCGUUGUGGAUGGUGCAGGAAGGUGUGGGGCUGAGCCCCUUCAGCUGCUCCGCCGCCGUGAGAGCGUCUGCCAUGGUGGGAUCCUUUGCCUUCGGCGAGCAAAUCCACUCUGCGGCGAUUAAAUUAGGGUUCGAGGAGAACCUUCCCGUGGGGAACUCCCUCCUGGACAUGUACUGCAGAUGCCGGAGCUUGUCGGAGGCGGAGCAGUUCUUCAGGGAGAUGCGCCGGCGAGAUCUGAUAACCUGGAACACCAUGAUUUCAGGGAUGGAGAAAGGGAGCCCCCGGAGGGCGAUGGGGCUUCUGGUGGAGAUGGGCUCCGAUGGCCUCCAACCCAACUGCUUCACCUUCACCACCAUCGCCGCCGCCUGCGGGAACCUGACUCUCCUUGCCCACGGGCGGCAGCUCCACGCCGCCGCCGUCCGCCGGGGCUACGCCGAUGACCUGCCCCUCGCCAACGCCAUCGUCGACAUGUACGCCAAGUGCGGAAGCAUUGCAGCAGCGAUUAGGGUUUUUGACAGGAUGACUCGCAGGGACCUGGUCUCGUGGACCUCCAUGAUGAUGGGGUACGGCGCCCAUGGGCUCGCAGAGGAAGCGAUGAAGCUCUUCUCGGAGAUGAUCGCCUGCGGGGUCUCGCCGGACCAAGUCGUCCUUCUGGGCCUGCUCAGCGCAUGCAGCCACGCAGGGUUCGUGGAGGAGGGGAUGAAGUACUUCACCUCCCUGGGUGGUGGCGGCGGCGUCAGCUCGGGCGGACAAGAGACGUAUGGCUGCGUGGUUGACUUGCUGGGGAGAUCGGGAAGGAUCGCAGAGGCCUGCGAGGUGAUGGGGAAGAUGCCGUUCGAGCCUGAUGAGUCCGUCUGGGGAGCUCUCCUCGGAGCUUGCAGGAUCCACGGGAACGCCGCCGUGGGGAAGAUCGCCGCCGGGAAGAUCCUGGAGAAGACGGGCGCCGCCGCCGACGCGUACGCCGUGCUGUGUACUAUACUUGCAGGCGGCGGCGAGUGGGGGGAGUUUGCGAGGACCAGGAGGAUGAUGAGGGCGGUGGGGGCGAGGAAGGAGGCGGGGAGGAGCUGGGUGGAGGCGAAGGGGGCCGUCUCCAUGUUCGCAGCCGCAGACAAGCAGCAUCCUCAGAUGGGCCUGGUUUACGGAGCUCUGGAAACCCUAACGGAGAUCAUGAAAACGGAAGACCGUCCAUGGACUUUGGAGGAGAUAACCUGA